AUGCCGUUCCGCGAAAUCAGUCGCGACGUGAAACUCGCUGCUAUCAACCUUUAUGAGCACAACAUGCUGUCUCUCGAACAGAUUCUUGAUUGUGUCGGCUUCUCUGAAAGUACAUUUUGGCGUGUUCGCAAACUCUGGCAAGAAACAGAUGUUGUUCAACACAACUACGGAGCUGCUGGCCGUCCACGAGCCCUUCACUUUGACGACAUAAGCUACCUCAUUCGGCUCGUCAACCAG